CUUUAGUAGAACACGAAUAAAAAAGGGACAUAAAAAUUUAAGCUCAAGCAAUACGCCACGCAGAAACAACGCACAAACAAACUGAAGGCAGAAAGUUUUCAAAGUCUGUCUUCUGACGACAGAGCAAUGGCAUUUGAUGACUGCUGCUUGCCCGAAAAUGAGACUAACCGGCAGACAAGCACGAGAACAACAACAAUAGUAACAGAAGUGUCCGCAAAAGGAAAAAUACAAACAGCCUUCGCAACACUUGACAACACACCACAGCUGCGUAUGCAACAACAGCGAAAGGGACUGUGAAAAAGAGCAAAGCAACAGCUGUAACUGCAAUAACCAGCAGGACAACAUUAAGCCGCAUUAAACCACACUGCCGACGCCACUCGCGGAACACAGACACUGCCACAUGCAUUGCAUACAACGAGAAGCCGCAGAAAAAACCAGCUGGUUAAAAAAAAAAAAGCAAUCACGCUGUUGAUUGUACGACGCUUAUGGUGAAAGUGCUGCUGGUCAACGACCACCAACCAACAAGCAAUUCAGCUACAAAACAACAACAAAAAACUAAUGCGCGCAAAUAGUAAAAAUCAAAAGAGGUAGAGAGAGAUAGAGGAAAGGAGCAAAGGAAUCUGAAAUCACAGUCCUUGGGCAAUUCGAGCACAUUGAAAUUGGAAUUGACUAGCGGCAAUAGAGUGUCGCUCUUUGACGUUGUUGUUGUUGUUUGUUUCACCAGUCACUGAACUCAGUUAUACUGGGCAGGCUCGUCUAGUCGCUUUUCUCUAUUUUUUUUUCUUUUGCUUUAUCAACACAGCAAGCAGCGAACCCUUUCACGCCUACGAUAAGCAAAUAGAGCAAGUAAAUUGAAAAAUCAAAGAAUAUAAAUAAAUAAACAAAGAGGCAAGCAGUACGAAAAGCAAACAAAACCGAUAUAUUGAGAAAAGGUCACGAAACAGCGUUAGAGCCUUAUAUUCAGUGAGGAGCAGCUGUCAUCAGCAGCAAGUUUUUUUUUCAAUUCUCUUUAAAUUUUUGGUGGCUCACUUUCCCAUUUCGUUAUUUCAAAAGCACACGUUAUCAGAUUUACAUCUGCUUCUCGCCACCAAACUACUGUUACACGUCUGACGGUUUCUGGAAGCCUCUCCUCGUCGCAUUCAAAGGCAAUUCCUAUCAGCGAGAUGAUAUCAAAAUUUUGGUUGAACAUUUGGUGUGCACUGGUGGUCAGCUGGUUCCCACUACUAACCGACGGCUAUCUGAAUGUUUUCAUCAGUCAUCGCGAAGUCAUCAAAUUAAUGGGCUUGGAAGCGGAUUUGUUCUAUGUGCAUGAGGGCGCCAUCAACACAUACGCCAUGCAUUUUACGGUGCCAGUGCCAGCAGAUGUGCAUGAUUUAGAGUUCUCAUGGCAGAGUUUGACCACGUAUCCGCUGCCCUACACCAUCACCAUCGACUAUGAGCAAGACCAGACUGCGUUAGCCGCGCCCACGCUCAGCAUACCCGACAAGGGCUAUGUGCCACAGCAAAUUGAGACGUUUCUGGUGCAUUUGCCGUGCACGGGGAAUGGCAAUAAGGAGGUGCCGCUCGUCGUCAAUAUGCUGGUGAGCGGUCCGCCGCGCACUAAUGACACCAAAUUGCAUUUUAAACGGAAUAAAAUCUGCCUCAAAGGUUUAUUUCCCGCUCCCAAUCAGUCAGCAGCGCCCGCUCAAGCGCCCUCGCCGGGACACGCGCUGCUGGGUGCCGCGGCUUGUGCGCUCGGCCUAGUGCUGGUUGUUGGGCUGGUUGCGUCGGCGAUGUAUGUACGCGCACGCAAGCAGAUACGGCAGGAUUCAAUGCAUACCAGCUUCACCACUGCCGCCUAUGGCAGCCAUCAGAACGUUUUUAUACGCUUGGAUCCGUUGGGAAGACCGCCAAGCGCGAACAGUGGUUCCUAUGCGACUAUCGCUAGCCUGAAUAAGUAUCCUUCGGAGUCGAAGAAGUCCUGCAACAUAUUUGACAGAUUUCGCAGUUCGCCGCCCACUCCCUCGCCCUAUGCGACCGCUUUAUUACCCAUGGGCAGAGAUCAUAUCGCUGACACAAUUUACUCUAAGCCGGAAUCGAUCUGCCCCUCGAGAAUAUCCUACUAUGCCUCAUCGCAGCUAACGCAGCUCGGCACUCCAUUUCUCGCAUUCCAGGUCUACAGCAUGUCCACACCGAAGAGCAGUCGCGGCGGUGGCGGCGGCGGCGGCGGCGGCGGCAAUGGCAGCGUCUUUGGCGGCGCUAGCUCCUCUGCUGGCAGUGGUAGUGAUCCCAAGGAGAAACUCCGUCGCAUUCCUAAUGUACAACCGGGUACACUUAUGUGCCAGCAUCUAAUCAAGGAAGGCACCUAUGGACGCAUCUAUGCCGGCAAUUUAGGUGAUGCCUGCGAUGUGAUUAUCAAAACAGUCGUCGAUGGUGCCUCGCUGACGCAAGUUGCAUGUCUGUUGCAGGAGGCCUCGACGCUUAUUGGCGUGUGUCAUCCGAACAUAUUGACGCCUUUGCUGGCGAACACCGAGCUACCAGGACCACCUGAGAUUGCAUAUCCCUAUCCGUCCAAGGGCAAUCUGAAAAUAUACUUGCAGAAAUCGCGUGAACUCAAUUCGCCGCUAAGCACCCGCCAACUAGUCGAGUUCGGUUUGCAUGUGACUAAAGGUUUGGCGCAUCUGCACUCGAUGGGUAUUAUUCAUCGCGAUGUUGCAACGCGAAAUUGCUAUCUGGAUAUGGACUGCUAUGUGAAAAUUUGUGAUAGCGCUCUGUCGCGCGAUCUCUUUCCUGACGACUAUCACUGCCUGGGUGACAACGAAAAUCGUCCGCUCAAGUGGAUGGCUUUGGAAUCAUUACAGAAGAAGUACUUCAACACUUAUAGUGACAUUUGGACUUUGGGUGUACUCUUCUGGGAGUUGGCCACACUGGCGCUUACACCUUUUGAGGAGGUGGACAUUUUUGAGUUGAGUGCAUACCUCUCGGAUGGUUUUCGUCUGGGUCAACCCAUCAACUGUCCCGAUGAAUUUUUCACAGUGAUGUCCUGCUGCUGGCUCGAGGAUCCGAAACAACGACCUUCUUUCCCCCAAUUGCUGGCGUACUUACAGGAUUUUCAUGAGGAUCUUGGCAAAUAUAUAUAGGCAUGUUAAAAUUUAGGAGCCAGCUAAGCAGAAGUGACAGCGGAAAUGCAGCAAUAAGGAUAUGGCGCUCGAAAAAUACCAAAAAUGUAUGUACAUAGACAGUUUAUAAGAAAAAAAAAAAUAGAAAAAUCUAUCAAAUUAAUUGAGCGUUUUAAACUCUAAUUAGCUAGACAUAAAAAAAAAAAACGAAAGACAUGAAUGUGAAUGUAAAUGAGAGAUGCGCACGCGCAUGCAGUUGCAAGCGCUACUUGCAAUUAGGCAAAGGUUUAUCAAAACGAAAAAGCACAUAAAAAAAUAUGUGUGCAAAAAAAAAUUUCAGAAAAAAAUAUAUGUUUAAUGAAAUUAAUUAAAUUGGGCGGGGUAAAUUUUACUCUUUUAUUGAUGAAUGUAGUUGAUAAAUAUGUGCGAUGUGUGUGGUUGGGUUACAUAAACGUGAACGAGUUAAAACGCGCUCACAAAAAAAAAAACAUAUGCACACACACACGCGCACAUUUAUUGUUAUGAUAUUGAUUGUACUUAUUAUUAAAUUUAAAUGCGGUGAGUGAAUAUAUAUUUUUUAAAUUUAAGCGAAUAUAUUGAA